GGGGAAGUACGUCCUCAGAGUCCCGCCUCCUGCUAUCCAUUUUUGUAUUUAUACUGCGUCCUGGUCCUCGAUUUCUACUCACAAUCCCUACACUCUCUCAACUCAUCUUCAUUGACUACUCCCAAUAUCCCCUAUAAUCUAUCAACUCUUCUUCGUUGACUACUCACCAUCCUUCCUAUACUCUUUCGAAUCCUCUUCGUUGGCUACACCAUUAUCUCGCCACCAUGGUCCGUACCACGAAAUUUGUCCAAACCCGCCUGGCGGUCCUCCUCCGUGUGCUUGUGCAGUUCCUGUGCUUUCAAGCAGUCGCCGCACUGCAAGUCAGCCCUCAUCGGCCACCUCAAUUGAAUCCGACUGGGCCUGCCGACGCAAACGGGUCAACCAGACCAACCGCCGAGACCACACCAGCCAAGGGCAAUGUGGUGAGGACAGCGGUCGAACAGCUGGAGAGCAAUUCUUCACAAUGCGAUUUCCCUGUGAGGCAUUCGCCUCAGCGGUGGUUGGAAUUGAAUGGGACAGAAUACCUCUUCAAUAAGAUGGUUAUGUACGGUCAAGAACGCCCCGACGGGGUGCUCUCUACAGACUACCUUCGGGACUUGUUCCCUAAUGAGCCAGAGUCUAACAUCGGGGUAUGUGAUGGCAGUGGUCUUUGUGUGAUUCCUGACUGCACCCACCUCAAUCAAAACCUUACAAAGGAGGUGAGAGAGAUGGAAUCGAUGAUCAGUUCGCAGAUAGCGAAUUACAACAAUGUCGCUAGACAAAUGAUGCAUCUGAUGUAUACAAAGAUUGAGGAAAUGAAGAGCGAUGCCGUGGCCCUUCUCCCUGAGAUGACGCAUCAGAACGAGGUCCAACAGAAGCUGAACAGAAUUGCUGCAGAAAACAGAGCUCGGCAGUUGCAGAUCCAAGUAAUUUCCCAGAUCUUCCUUCAGAUCAGCGGGGUUAUGGCAAUAGGAUCCUCGGGACCCGGCUUGUGGAAGGGCCAAAAGGGCCAAUUGGCACCCAAACCAAAUGUUCAAGCCAGAGCCUCUUCCGGGGACGACUCGGAUGACUAUUGGGUGACCCGGAUAGGUGCCAACGAGACAACUCGGGUGGCCCCUGACAAAUUUGGCAAGUUCUAUACAGAGCUCGCAAAAUCUCUGAAGCAUCGAGUAUGGGAACCUCAGGUUCUGAAGAGAAAUCCAUUUACUGUUGCCUUGGCUAUUUUUUCGACCAUUUUCGCUGCCAUAGGCGUAGGUCUUGGCUUCAUGGCCAGUCAAAUAGAUAUAGAGGCAGAUGAUUAUCUUGAAGAUGAGGAGAUACCUCUGAUUGCAUCGUUGAGGAAGGCCCGGGACGAACAAAUGAAUUUUGCUCGGGACGACCUUGCGGGAAUUCUUGCUGGAUACGCUGUAGGUCAAGAUGAUGGCGAAGACGCAAAUGUCAUCUACCAUCUGGCUACGGUCUUCGAGACUGGAAUGUGGUUAGAGCCGAUGAACGCUCGCUUGGAGGAUUUCCGGCUACACCUGGACAAGGCUUACUCUGCCAUUGCUCUCCACUACUUCUGGACCUUGGAGAGGGUCUAUGUUGUCAUGGCUGAUGCAUCAAUGGGGUGUCUGUUGGAUAACAGAGGGACCCUGGAUGCUCGCGUAUACCUUCCAGAUCGCCCAGAAAAGUCCUUCUGGAUCUAUUGGAUCGAUCCAUCUUACGAGGAAACACAGAAGAAAGAUGGCAAUCUUGGACUCCCGGCUGGUUGGAUGAACCUUACCGGGGAGGCUGAUCACUAUGGUGGACUCACAAAGGAGGAAGUCAUCCGGGGGUCUUUGAACUGGUAUGAAGCUUUUGGAAACGUUGACGCCGAUCAAGAGCUUAAAGUGUCUUAUCUUUUCAACGAUACGAAAGGUCUUGCAGACUAUCUAGUGGAGAUCGGAAACACGGACACUCUUCCCAUGGGACUCAUUGCAAUGCCUAUUGCCAAGGAUCCUUCUGGUGCUAGCAUAUCGUCUAUCGGCUCCCUGGACAGUAAAAACUAUCCAUGUAUCCAGGGCGAAUUCGACCCAGCAACGGGUCUGGGCUACCCAGACAAGUUCGAUGAAGUCAAGCCGUUCCUUAAUAGGACUCGACUCUGGGCAUCAGACGACAUGCAAGACUUCUGCCAUGCCCAACACGACCAGGACGAAACUGUCAAGUACGAGGGCUUUACUGGAGAGGAUCUUCUGGGAGACGACAGGCUAGAAGUUGCAAGGGUGCACCCCUUCAAGAAAAAGUUCCAGCCUACGCACCACCGACACUGUGAUAACCAGGUGGCGAACGUCACGGAAGGGGCGCAUGGGAGCUGCACCUUUGUGAUGAACGCCUUCUGCGACUCUGAAUUCAAGGACAAUGAAGUUGACAGGGAGGCCUGCAAAGAUGGCCGUAAGUAUAUCAACUUCUGGUGGAGUGAGGCGGAGCCUAAGCAGGCAUAUGUGAACAAGAAGAUUGAGAACGGUACCGUCACCACUGGCGACCUUUUCAAGCCGCCAGCCUUGAAAGUAUGAGCCCGGAAGGCAGCAAGAUCGAUGGUAUCAAUCGUAGACUUUUGUGGAUUCUUCACCUUGGUAUAUGCUGUUUGUGUAGUACCAGUAUGAUAGAAAUGAUUCUUUACAUACAU